CGUUAAACGAAAAGAUCCAUAGCAGCCAAAUAGCGAAAAAUUACGCUUCUUGCUGAUUGCACUAUACUCGAUCUAAUUACAUAAGAUGUUCAUCACUAACGAGCACGUUGGAGACAGAUCCAGAAUGGAGGACUGGAGAGUCCGUGGUUACGACCCUUUGACUCCUCCUGACUUAUUGCAGCACGAGUACCCCUUGCCUGAGUCUUCCCAAAAGACCAUCUUGGACGGUAGAAACCAAGCUGUAGACAUCUUGAACGGUAAGGAUGACAGAUUGAUCUUGGUCAUUGGACCAUGUUCAAUCCACGACCCCAAGGCAGCUCUCGAUUACGCUGACAGAUUGCACAAAGAGGCUCAGAAGCAUAAAGGUGAGUUGCAUAUCGUCAUGAGAGCGUACUUGGAAAAACCCAGAACCACUGUAGGCUGGAAAGGUUUGAUCAACGAUCCUGAAAUCGACGGUUCUUUCCAGAUUAACAAGGGGUUGAGAAUCUCGAGAAAGUUAUUUGUCGAAUUGACCUCCAAGUUGCCCAUUGCCGGAGAAAUGUUGGAUACUAUUUCUCCGCAGUUCUUGUCCGAUUUGUUCUCUGUGGGAGCUAUUGGUGCCAGAACUACUGAGUCUCAGUUGCACCGUGAGUUGGCUUCUGGCUUGUCCUUCCCUGUGGGGUUCAAGAACGGUACUGACGGUACUUUGGGUGUAGCUGUAGAUGCCAUGAGAGCUGCAUCUCACCCUCAUCACUUCCUUUCUGUCACCAAGCCUGGUAUUGUAGCCAUUGUAGGAACUGACGGAAAUCAGGACACUUUUGUAAUCUUGAGAGGUGGAAAGAAGGGUACCAAUUACGAUGAGAAGUCCGUCAAGGAGGCCAAGGCAGAGUUGAUCAAGGCCAAAGUGGUCAGUGAAGAAAAGCCAGGACCAAAGAUCAUGGUUGAUUGCUCCCACGGUAACUCUAAUAAGGAUCACAGAAACCAACCCAAGGUAGCAGCUGAAGUAGCACGUCAAGUUGCCAACGGUGAAGACGGUAUUUGUGGUUUGAUGAUCGAGUCCAACAUCGUCGAAGGCAGACAAGACGUCCCACCUUUGGAGCAAGGAGGCAAGGAUGCAUUGAAGUACGGUUGUUCUAUCACCGAUGCCUGUAUUGGCUGGGACAGCACUGAAGAAGUGUUGCAGUUGUUGGCUGAUGCUGUCAAGGCCAGAAGAGCCUUGAAGUAGGUAAACUAAAACUUUGUAUAUAAUAACACAUGAAGAUGUAAUGG